GGCCAAUCACAGCUCUCAAAAGGAGCCAAACCCAUUCUUCCCACCCUGUUUACGUGGCCGUGUGGGUGUUGUGAUUGGCUUCGAGGGAGUUCCGAUACCAUGACAACAGAAAAGCGCGGGAAAUCGGUAUAAAUUGAAACUGAGAUUGCGCGCCAGAUCCCAUAGAAGACUCCGGAAAGAAGGCGGCUUUAUCCGGGUCGGGCACUUUGGUGUUUUUACUUGGGCGUAGGGAAGAGAGCGCUUGAAGAGAAAAGGACUAAAGUUCACUGAGAGAGAAGAGAAAUGGAUUUAUCUACAGUCAGGAUCAACGAAGUAAAGAAUGUCCUCAUUGGGAUGCAGAAAAUCUUAGAAUGUCCUAUCUGUCUGGAAUUGAUUAAAGAGCCUGUUUCUACAACCUGUGACCACAUAUUUUGCAAAUUUUGUAUGUUGAAGCUUCUUGGCAAGAAGAAGGGACCAUCUCAGUGUCCACUAUGCAAGAACAAUGUAACCAAAAGAAGCCUACGAGAAAGUACAAGGUUUAAACAGCUUGUAGAAGGACUGCUGAAAACUAUUCGUGCUUUUGAGCUUGACACGGGAUUCCUUUUUUCAAACAGCCAGGAUUCUUCAAAGUGGGAGAAGAGGACUCCUGAGCCUCUAAAGAAAGAAGCUACUAUCAUUCAAAGUAUGGGCUACAGAAACCGCACAAAAAGAUUCAGAGCCAGUGAACCAGAAAACCCCACCUUGGAGGCCAGUCUUGGUGUCCAGCUUUUUGACCUUGGCAUCAGAAAAGGUUCGCUGAGAAGAAAACAAAAGAAAUGCAUUAAAAAUAAUGCUGUCUACAUUGAAUUAGGAUCUGAUUCUUCUGAAGAUGGUGCAAAAAAUGCUAUCUGUAACAGUGUGAAAGAUCAAGAAUUGUGCCAAACAUCACCACAAGGAACCAGAUCUAAAGCCAGAGUAAAGCCCAGGGGAAAAGCUGAGUUUGAGUUAUCUGAGAGGACCAUAAAGAGCCUGCAACAGCAUCAUUCUAAUACCAAAGAUGCUCACGUCAUUGAGGAGAAUGCCACUGGGGGACAUCCAAAGGAGCCUCAGAGUAUUUCUUCUUCAAACUUGAAUAUGAAGCCAUGUGGCACAGACACUCAUGCCAGCUCAUUACUGCCUGAAACCUCCACUUUAUUGCCCAACACAGACAGAAUGACUGUAGAAAAAGCUGAGCUCUGUAAUAAAAGCAAACAGUCUGGCUUAGCAAGGAACCAACAGAGUGGACUGGAUGAAAGUAAGGGAAUAUGUAGUACUGGGAAGACCCCCAGUGUAGAAGAGCAGCCUGAGCUGAAUGCCCAUCAUCUGUGUGAGAAGCAAGAACUAAAGGAGAAGCCACAAGGUCCUGAAGGCACCAGAGGUAAUCCUCAGAAUUGCCUAUCUGGAACCAAACUGAAAAGCAGUAUUCAGAAAGUUAAUGAGUGGUUAUCCAGGAGUAAUGACAUUUUAGCUUCUGAUUGCUCCCUUGACAAGAAUCAUAAGCAGAAUGCAGAGAUAGCUAGUGCCUUAGAAGAUGGGCAUCCAGAUAACUCUGAUGGAAAUUCUAGUAUUUCUGAGAAGACUGACGUUGUGGCUGACACUGCCGAUGAGACAUGGCUACAUAUGCCUGAAAGAAGUUAUCCCAAGCCAGCAGAAAACAACAAUAUUAAAGAUAAAAUAUUUGGAAAAACCUAUCGGAGAAAAUCGGGUCACCCUAAUUUGAAUCACAUAACUGAAAAUUUGGUUGUUGAGACAGUUGUUCCUGAUUCUUUGGUUCCUCCAGAACCUCUGAAAAAUACCAAGUUAAAGCGUAAAAGAAAGACUAUAUGUGACUUGCAGCCUGAGGAUUUCAUCAAGAAGACAGUUCCAAUUACUCACAAAACCCCUGAAAAGAAACAUGCUGCUGACCAAACCUUUGAAAGAGAACAAAAUGACCAAGUGAUGAAUAUGGAUAAUGGUCAUCCUGAACAGAAAGCACUAAAUGGUCACGCAGGGGAAAUGAAAGAAGCUCAGACAUCAGAACUGUUCUCUGCAGAGAAAGAAUCCACUCUCAGAACUGAAACAGAGCCUGCAGCUGGCUUAAAUGGUGGAGAGACCAACAUAACAAAAAAAGACAAGCCGAGGAAGCAGCCUUCAUUCAAGGUUGUCUGUGCUCUUGAGCUUGGACAUGAUGGAAGCCCAAGCUCUUCUAAUGAGACUGAACUACAGAUCGAUAGCUAUCCCAGCAGUGAAGAGAUAAGGAAAAAAAAAAAUUCUGAACAGAACCAACUUAGGCGCAGCAGAAGGCUUCAGCAGGUAUCAGAAGAGAUUGCAGUUGGAGCCAAGAAAGCCCAUAAGCCAGAUGACCAAGCAGAAGAAAGUUGUGUCACUGAAGUUGUCUCAGAACUAAAAUUAGGAAACGUAUGUGCCUGUGCUCCUGACAAUCUCAGUACCGAUAAGGAUCAAGUAUUAGCUAGUUGCAGUUUCACGGGAGAUGAAAGGAGUCUGGAAGUAAUCCCUAGCAGCCAAGACCAAGAUUUGUCAUUAAGUGGAAGGGAAGAGUUACGAGGUGAAAGAUCUCAAGGAAGCCUGGGGACUGUGGAGGUUCCUGAUACUGCUUGGGACACUCAGGACAGUACCUCGUUGUUUCCAGCUGAUACUCCUCAAAAUUCAAAAGCAGGUCCCAGUCCUCACAGAAGUCACUGUGAAAUAAUGGAAAUAAAGGAAUUCUUAGAAAGUAGUUCAUCCAAAAACACUGAAAGUAGUGCAGAAGAUUUAAGGAGCCCAAUGAAACAAGAAGUUAAAAAUGCCUCCAAGACAAUCACAGAAAUGGAAGAUAGUGAACUUGACACCCAGUAUUUACAGAAUACUUUCAAACGUUCAAAGCGCCAGUCAUUUGCACUGUGUUCUAGCCCAAGGCAAGAAUAUAUGAAAACCUGUGCUGUCCCUGGGGCUGUAAGUCAGCAGAGUACAGUUCAUAGAUACCAGGAGAAAGAAAAGCAAGAAAACAGAGAAUCAAACAAGCCUGUGCAGCCAAAGCCUGCUGUCAUGAAAGAGAAGGGGAAGCCAGGGGAUCAUGCCAAAUGUAGCACCAGAGAAGUCUCCAGGCUUUGUCGCAUAGCUUCAUUAAAUAGUGACAAUGACUGUGAACCUAUUGCUGAAAUCAGCCAGGGAAUUUCACAAGUUCCUGAUCAAAAACAAUCAGUUUCUCCAGCAAGAUCAUUUGAUAGUAAAAUCAUAUAUGCAAAAAACUUCCUGGAGGAAAGGCUUGACGGACAAACCACGUGCCCUGAAACAGCUAUGGGAAAUGAAAGCUUAGCCCAAAGCAGCAUUAGUCUAAUUAGCCAAAGUAAUAGCAGAGAAUAUAUUUCUAAACCAACUGACUUAAUUAUCGGCAUAGGCUCUAGUGGAGAAGGCACUCAGGCAGAAAAAAGUGAAAAUAAAGAAUCUGAAUUAAAUACACCACCCAAAUUAAAGCUUAUGCAACCCCAAAUCUCUCAACAGAUCUUUCCUCAGGAUAAUUGCAAAGGGUAUAAAAGAAAAGGGAAGGGAGGAAAUGGAAAAUCAGCUCAGGCCAUCAGUACAGAUUUGUCUCCUUAUUUAGAACAAACUAAAGAGAGUAUACAUUCUUCUCAGGUUUGGUCUGAGACUCCCGACUUGUUGGACAGUGAAGGCGAAAUAAAAGAAAACACUAGCUUUGCUGAAAGUGACAUCAACGAACAAUCUGCUAUUUUUGGCAAAAUUGGUAAACGUUUUCAGGUAAAACAGUCUAGAAAAAGCCUUAGCCCUUUCGUACAUAGAAAUCCCACUUUGACUAGAAGAGCCCGAAAACUGGAGUCCUCAGAAGAAGAAGAGGAUGCCUCCAGUGAAGAGGGAGACCUUCCAAGUUUUCAAGAUUUAAUAUUUGGCAAAGCAGCAAGUACACCCUCUCAGCCCACCAAAAAUAAAACUAUGGGCUUAGAGCUUUCAGCAAACAAAGCAAAGGAAAAUCCAGACUUCUCCCUAAACAGAAAUAGAAUGAAUGCUAGCAGUCCUCAGCUAUCAUCUAGGGAGGCAUCCCAGGAUGAUAAUUCCAGCCAAGAAUCUGAAUGUUCUGGUAGUUUAUUUUCUUCACACUCUAACUCAUUAGAAGACUUAACUGGAAAAGCAAAUGACAAGGAUUCUGCUUUGGUGUUUGAUUCUUCUAAACAAGGGAGAAAUCAGCCCAGAACCCAAGAAAUACAGAGUGCUGAUGAUGUACCAAGGAUUUCUGAAGAUGAAGGAGAAAGGGAAAUUGAUCUAGAUGAAGACCAUCAUCUCAAAGACCAAGGUGUGGACUCAAAUUUAGGUAAAUAUGCAUCUGGAUAUGAUAGUGAAACAAGCCAUCCUGGAGAUAUUUCACAGCUAUCUUCUCAGAGUGAUAUUUUAACUACUCAGCAAAGAGAUACCAUGCAGGACAACCUGAAAAAACUUCAACAGGAAAUGGCCGUCUUAGAAGCUGUCUUGGAGCAACAUGGUAGUCAGACCUCCAACAGCCCUCUCUCUCAGGAAUCCAGACUGUGCCCUUCCAUGGACCAGCCAGACUUGAAACAGACCAGCACAGAAAAAGGAGCAGAGAAAACUGUUGAAUAUCACGAAAGCCAAAAUUCACAAAACCUUUCGUCAGACAAGUCCCAGGCAUUUCCAGGGGAUUCCAGCAGCAGUAAAAAUGAAGAACCAGGAGUUGAAGGGUCUUCCCUUUUAGAGAACCAAAUUCUAAAGGGGGUUUGGAGCCCACUUGGUCACUCCAGGAAUCUUCAGAAAGUAGACUCCUCUUUCAGACAGGGGAUUGAUAGGAUUACUGCCCUGAAGGAAAAACAGCAGUCACCACCUGAGGAACACAAUGUAAUGAUGGAACAGAUUUGUGUGCUGAAACCAAACCUCGAAGCAUCUCCUGAGUUAGAAUCUGGAAUCAAAGUGUACCCUGAGAAGACCAAAUCCAGCCCCCAAGAGCAUAAGGACACUGCCUUAAGAGAUAUUCUCAACCUGCCCACCUCAACUUCUGCACUAAGACUUCAGACUGGGCAAAGGACCAAUCCUUCUGCUCCUAAUGCUCCUGCUUGGAAUGGGAAGGGGCCCCUGGAGGAGGCCUCUGCCUCAAAGAGUGUCAAAAAAGGAGGGGCAGGCAGCCCCAAAAUGUCCCUGGUGGCAUCGGGUUUGACUCCCAAAGAACACAUGUUAGUGCAGAAGUUUGCCAGGAAAACCCAAAGCACACUAUCUAAUCAAAUUACUGAAGGAACCACUCAUGUCAUAAUGAAAACAGAUGCUGAGUUUGUAUGUGAGCGGACUCUGAAAUAUUUCUUGGGCAUUGCAGGAGGGAAAUGGGUAGUAAGUUUUCUGUGGGUGGUACAGUCUUUUAAAGAAGGAAAGGUGCUGCCUGAGUGUGACUUUGAAGUCAGAGGAGAUGUCAUCAAUGGAAGAAACCACCGAGGCCCAGAGAGAGCAAGAGAAAGCCGGGGAGUGAAGAUCUUCAAGGGCCUUGAAAUCUGUUGCUAUGGACCAUUUACAGAUAUGUCAACAGAUCAGCUCGAGUGGAUGGUGCGACUGUGUGGGGCUUCGGUGGUGAGAAAGCCUUCCUUGUUGAGACCCAGGCUGGGUUCUUCUCCAGUUGUGGUUGUGCAGCCCGAUGCCUGGGAAGAUGACAGCAGCUUUGAGGGAAUCGGGCUGAUAUGCGAAGCGCCUGUAGUGACCCGGGAGUGGGUGCUGGACAGCAUCGCCUGUUACCAGCGCCAGGAGCUGGACACCUACUUGAUAGCCCAGACCUCAGGCUGCUGCUGAUCCUACAGGGCAGGAGGUGAAGACUUGGUCUCCCUGUACCCUCCCAAGGCCAGCCCCAGGAGCCAGCUUCCCUGGCACACGAGGUUUCUUCCAUUUAUCCUGGCCUUGUGCAGUCCUGAUUACAAAACAUUUCAUGUGUAUGUGCCUUUUUGAAAGACUUUCUGCUUCAAAGUCUCCUUUUUCAAAUCCUCCUUGAGCACAAAAUGUGGUGAUUUGUCACCUACAAAAGAAUUUAAAAGCAGAUUCUUCACAGAGAGAAAAGAUGCUGAUUCAUUAUUUAUCAAACAGCCCUGUCUCUGCUUAUUUACUCCAGGGGAGGUCAGAUACAGUCAUUUGUGAAAGUGACUCCAGGGCUUGGGGCUUGAGGUUGGGGUAUGUGCUCAGCCUCCUGGGGGUCAUUUGUUUCCCUGCUUUAGCUGAUGUGAAA